CAACGAAUAGUCCUUCCAAACCCUUUUCUUGGGCAACGCGCGAUUCCUUCCCGCUUUCAGAGCACCACAGCUCCUCGACGUCUACACCGUUCCCGGAGGGGACAUUCAGCGAGCGCAUAUCUCUACGGAUUCAAUUCGAUACUCGCUUCCGCGACCCACGAUGUCCAAACCCUCCGUCCCCGAGCUCCUCACGACGUGGAAAGACAACUUCACGCGCAACUUCUCCGCGGCUUUCACAAAUCUCGACGCUAAAGGCUGGAUUCGCAUCGUCAUGAUAGUGGGCACCUACGCGCUCCUCCGUCCCUACCUCAUGAAGCUGGGCGCCAAAAUGCAGGAGAAACAGCACGCGAAAGAGUCGGCGGAGAGCGGUGAAAUACAUCCUAAUGAGUUGAGGGGACAAGGCAAGGUUGAGAUACCCGGGGUAGGAGACAGCGAUGAGGAGGAUGAGGAAGAAGAGAAGGUGGGCCAGUGGGGACGGAAAGCCAGAGUUAGGCAGAGGAAAUUCAUAAGGGAUGCAUUGGCUAAAGAGGAGGAGAGGCUGCGGGAUGAGCAGGAGGCGGAGAGUGACAAGGAGCUCGAGGAGUUCUUGACGGGCUGAAAGUGGCGGUUUUUCUCGCAUCGUGACUCUGUUGACCAACGCAUGUUUACAAGCUCUGCGAAGCUUCCUUGGGGUUGCACAAAAGCUCCCUGGAAUCCAAGUCAUCUCAGCCCCUUCCUCUGUUGCUGCUGAGCACAUGAAGGGCUUCGCAAUUCAUUCCUCCGUUUCCAAAGGCCGCGAUCCAAGAAUGUGGCGUCCGAAACACAAACAACAUCCUCAGCUGGCUUGCGAAGGAAGGCCGUUAGAGUUAUAGGAAAGUGAAUCAUCAUCGUCAUGUCUUUCGUCUCCCGUCACUCUGGAUCAUGUCUGCUGCGUUGACCUUUAAAGUCCGCUUUUUCGAAUGUCUAUCUCCUUCUUGCCACUCAUUGUCAGCGCCGAAUAGAUGGAUGAGCUCCACAGGCACGCCCCUUCCAGGAAUUCAACGCGUACACAAGGGCAAAAAUGGUCGCCACCGUUCCCUU